AAUACCUGUGCUAAGGCCUGAGUGGCUGUAGAAGGGCAGGCCAGGGCUUCAGACAUCUCUUCUGUUCAUCUGAGAAGUGAGGUGGCCACCAUGAGGACCGGGCUGCCCCUCUUCCUCCUCCUGACCUUCCUUGACAGCUCACAUGAAAUAGGGCCAGGAAUGACUUUGCAACUGAAGCUGAAGGAUUCCUUUCUGGCAAAUUCCUCCUAUGAUUCCAGCUUCCUGGAAUUGCUCCAGAAGCUCUGCCUCCUCCUCCACCUCCCGUCAGGGACCAACGUCACCCUCCAUCGGGCAGGAUCCCCACACCAUGUCAUCUGCGAAGUCUGAGAGCAAUCAAGCCUGGGCCACCACCCCCACCCCCCACCCCCCGCUGGGGCAUCUGGCCCUCUGGGGUACAAGGGGGAUGCCCUGGCCCCAUCUUCCAGUAGGCUUUCGCCCUACCGAAUGUCAGUAAAUAUGCUGAAUUCAAUGACUAUGUGGGUUCAUGAGCAGAGGGCCAGCAGGAAAAAGGAAUCAGAGGCCCAAGUCUCUGACUCUCCCUCGUGAAGCAGAGGGAUUCCCAGGUGGACUCUCUCUUCCUCAAAGCCAGUGUCAAAGGCCUAGAAGGAAUUUGGGGAAUUAACUGUCUGGGGACACACACACACCACAGACAUACACAUGAGCUGAACUUACACUUCAGAACACCUGGGAAUAAGAAAAUGAAACACUGAAUUCCUACUUUGUUCCAGGCGUGACACUUUCCCAUGUCAAUGCUUGCAGCAAUCUUAAAUGUAGCAUAAUAGGUAUCGUUAUCCAAUUUUAUAGGUGAGGAAAUUGAGACUUAGAGAGGGUAGGCCACUCACCUGAGGUCCAGUAACAAUGGAGAGAUCAGACACCAGACAAAAGACUUGGCUUAAGCAAGAUUUUAAUUUCAAUUUCUUCUCCCUUUGCUUAAAUUGUGGGGCUGGGGGCUCAGAACCGAGACAGGGAUGUGAACAGAACAAUGCCAAGGUAUGGACCUCCUGACUCAAGGAUCCACCCAGGUCAGUCAGGGUAGGAUGUGGGGUGGGAGGCAGCUCAGGUGAGAGAUGAGAGGUUCAGCUUGGGAGAGGAUAGCCAGCUGGUGUAAGUGGUGGGGGAAAGGCAAUGGGUGCUAGCGGAGUUUGUACUAUCUAACCGCGAGGGCGCGUAGUCACACAGGCCCAUGCUUGAGUUCUAGGUGAGUU